CGCUACCACUGUUACAGUCCAUAUCUCAGCAAUGCCGUCGACCGUAUUGGUUCUGUCUGUUCUCGAACUGGACUCCGGUUCCAUUUCUCGAGCUCUUCACGUCUUGGCAUAUGCUUUUCGGCGGCUUUGCUGGUCUUGGCUCAGGCCGGACUGGCGACAAGUCUUGGGCUUUGUCACCUUGUUGCUCGCUUCUAGUCGCCUACGCCGAAGCUUGCGGACAAAACCAUGGUCUGCCUGAACAGAAUGCGUGGGUUUUCAUUACUCAAUGCGAACAAAAAGUCACCAGGUAAGUCUCCGUAGCUCGAUUCUUUCGAUGCAUGCAGAUGGUCGUGGUGGAAGGAUAAAGCGCCGGAAACGCCGCCUUUCAAUACCCGAUGCAUUGGCAGAAAUCAGAGGUAUAGUAUUACCUGGUUUUCCUUUGCCAGGUGAAGAAGCGAGGGCUGCACCCGAUAUCCUGGCUGUUCUCUUGUCUUCCCUGAACUUUUUUCUUGGAAAAGUUUCUUCUUUCAGCCCAGCCGCGCCAGUGUUGGAUUAUUUUGCCAGUGUCCGAGUCUCUAUACCAUGCUGCCCAAGACUCUGUUGGCACUCACCCUCGUGGGUGUGGUUAGUGCCCAAACCAGUUAUUCUGGUUGUCACAACCAUGGAACAGUUGCGUAUUGUUUCGGACCCGAUGGUGAAGAAACAGCGGUAGCCACCCAUGCCGCCAGUGAAACCACAUCGGCAUCGUCGUCAGUGCCAGCUUCGGUAACAGCUUCGGCCACAACAUCGGCCGAUACGUCUGCUGUCACUGGCUGCCACAACCAUGGCUCCGACAUAUACUGCAUUAACAGCAGUGGUGAAGAAGUUUCUAUCUCAGUCUUUGCCAGCACCACCGGACCUCCACCGGCUCAAUAUACCGGAUGCCACUUCCAUGGUUCUGAUGAAUACUGUAUAGACCCUAAUGGCGAAGAAGUCAUGGUUGUCUCGGAAGAGGCGGCUUCUUCAGAAGAAUCGGAAGACAGCGAGGGAAGCACUCAAGGUCUAAACUGCCAUUUCCAUGCCGGAGUUGAACACUGUGUUGGUGGCGGAAGCAGCGAGAAUGAUAGCUCCGACAGCGCGUCGUGUGGUCUACGUAAACGAGACUACGACAUUGGCCUUCGAGCAGGCACUUUGUUUGUAGUGCUUUUCACCAGCGCCCUGGGUGUGUUCGCGCCACUGCUGGUCAUCCGACUACUUUCUCAGAGCGUCAACUCGAUGGUUUUCACGGCCAUCAAACAAUUCGGCACUGGAGUGAUUAUCUCGACGGCAUUUGUUCAUCUGUACACGCACGCCACACUCAUGUUCACCAACGAAUGUCUCGGCGAGCUCGAAUACGAAGGUACAACCUCGGCGAUCGUCAUGGCCGGACUGUUCCUUGCCUUCUUAUUCGAAUACCUUGGCCACCGGUACGUCAUCGCGCGGUCGCGCAAACUCCAGCCCGAAGAGACCGAGGAUGGAAGAGCAUGGGGUGCCACAACAGGAGCCAAUGGUGAACGAACCGCAGCGGUCCAUGGUAAAGAGGACGACAGCGACUUGGCGCACCAAGGGCCAGAGACAGAAGUUGGUCACACUGAGCCGCACGGUCGCACUCUGGCCAGUCUGGGCCACAGCCACGGACCGGCAAUCGAUCCAUCUAAGCCCAACUCCAAGUUAUCGGUCAUGGUCAUGGAGGCCGGUAUCUUGUUCCACAGCAUCCUGAUUGGUCUAACGCUUGUCGUGGCCGGCGACUCCUUCUACAAGACGCUGUUGGUCGUGAUUGUGUUCCACCAGUUCUUUGAAGGUCUGGCCCUGGGUGCUCGUAUCGCCUUGCUGCCCCGAGCCACGACUCGGUUCUGGCCCACAAAGGCCUUGAUGGCCACGGCAUACGCACUCAUCACUCCUAUCGGUAUGGCUAUUGGAUUGGGAGUUAUCCAUGAUUUCAAUGGCAAUGAUCGCAGCACCAUCUUGACCAUCGGUACUCUGGACGCCUUGUCUGCCGGUGUCCUGGUCUGGGUCGGUGUCGUCGACAUGUGGGCCAGAGAUUGGAUUCUUGAAGGCGGUGAUCUCGCAGGCAAGAAUGUCCCUUGGACAAAGUAUUGUCUUGGCUUGUUUUGCAUGAUUGCCGGCUUCAUCGGCAUGAGUGUCUUGGGCAAGUGGGCUUAACUUGGUUAAAGUUUGGGCUGCUUGUCAGUUGACAUGCACGCUGGGGAAACAGCACCCCAAAGGCGACAUCAUCAUGGUGACCGUCUAGUCACCUGCCAAGAUGGAAAAAAAUGUGUACUGAACAGAAAACAGGGACAUAGGCGGGGUCAUCAGAUAGGGCAAGAUAGGUAGAAUGGAGAUGGAUAGGUACUCUUGUAAGGGUACUGUAAGUUAGUAGGUAGUAGAUAGACAAAGGCCACGGCCACAGAAUAUGAUGAUAUAGACAAUAUUGCGGCUGUGUUGGUGCCGUCACUAUGCCUCUCC